UCAAUUCUUCCAACAUUGUUUUUGCUCUCGUAUUAUGAAAUCUGUAUUCAUUUGAAUUGAUUUAUUCAUAUGGGUAAAGUGCAACCAAUGGUUACUAUGCAACGUUUGGCUGCUUGUUUAAUCGAUAGCCCAUUAUUUCGAUUGAAACAAUACUUUGGUUUCAAUUAAAUUCGUGCAUCCAGUUUGGAUGGAAUGGCUGGAAAAGGGGCAAAAAAACGUAAUAGCAAAGAUUCAACAACGGGUAGCAAAGAGAAGAAAAAAGGCGGCAAAAAGAAAAAUGGACGUUCUACCGGUGGAUCAUCGGCUAAAUCAUCGAAAAUCCAGGGCGAUAUAUUCAGUGAAGGUGCUAUGGAAAAUGCUUAUCUAAUUUGUCACAAUGUGCAGGACGUUUUGAAGGCACGCGGGUUCCCAUGGCCCGAAGCAAAGAAGAAGAAAGGAAAGCGAAAGUAAAUCACCGUGUGGUCGACUCAUUCAAUCUAAUUAAAAACAUUUUUGAUUAUGGAAUAAAAAAUUGUACGCUCGCAACCAAUUUGAAUAAAUAACACAACAACGUAUUCAAAGAAUUAAGAACAAACAACACAGCUGUUUUGAUUGCGUUUAUUUCUGUUUGCAUAGUUUUGGGCGUUUCUUUUUGCUUCUAGCAAUUUCUGCGACGAGACGAUGCUGCUCAUCCAUUUUAUUUUUAGACGCAAAAAUAUUUGACGAAACAAAAAUAUUCCAUACUCCAUUCGAACGGAUCGCUGCAAUUUAAAUGCUCGGUUGACUGACGCUUUUCGAUUAGUUUCAUUACGAUUUUGCCGGUGAAUACAAGGUGCGCGCCACAUAGUAAACGUUGACUAUUCCGAACGUAACACAUUUGGAAUUUAUUCAAGCAUUUUGU